AUGACCGCCACCACAACACGCGACCCGGAAAAGGACGCUUUUCCGCUACAAGACGCUCCUGGGCGCGGCGACGAGCCGAGUCAAUCGAGCGACAGCGACGAUGACGAGGACGAGAUCACAGAGGUCGGCCGGGACCGGCGCAGGUCCCGUGUCGAGUCGGACGGCGGGGGCCCGGCAGCCGGCGACGUCCCGGUGAGGCCGCGGUCCCGCGCCUCCUCCACCCGCUCCCGCGCCCUCUCCGUCGUCGCCAGGUCCAAGAGGCGCGGCCUCUUCGCCCAGCUGGCCGCCAUCCCCGAAGUGGACAACCCUUACAAUUACGCCGACAAGACGAAAUGGACAAUCACCCUCAUCAUCGCUCUUGCCGCCGCCGUCUCCCCCAUGGGCUCAUCCAUAUUCUAUCCCGCCCUGCCGGAGAUGGCCAAAGAGUUCGACGUCUCGCCCACCAUCACCAACUUGUCUGUGGCGUUCUACAUGCUGGCGAUGGCCAUCUUCCCGCUGUGGUGGUCGUCCUUCUCGGAGACCCUGGGCCGCCGGACCAUCUACCUGUUGUCCUUCGCCCUCUUUGUCGUCUUCUCCAUCCUCAGUGCCGUGAGUGUGAACAUCAGCAUGCUGAUCGUGAUGCGCCUCUUCGGCGGGGGCGCCAGCGCCAGCGUCCAGGCCGUCGGGGCUGGUACCAUCGCGGAUAUCUGGGAGCCGCGCGAAAGAGGCCGCGCCAUGAGCAUCUUUUAUCUCGGUCCGCUGACCGGGCCCCUCCUGGCUCCCAUCAUCGGCGGAGCACUGUCACAGCGUUUCGGCUGGCAGUCGACAAUGUGGGCGCUAUCCAUCUACGGCGGCCUGGUCCUCGUCAUGAUCCUCUUCUGCCUCCCCGAGACCCUGGCGCCGCCCAAGCCGCCCGCGCCGCCCGCCCGCGCCGCCUCCGACGGCGACAAGGUCACCCUCUCCCGGACGAGGACGACCGAGUCCGUCAAGGUGCGGUCGAAAAAAGCGGCGGCGUUCCUGAAGAAGUCCUUCCUCGACCCGCUCUCGGUGCUGCUCUACCUCCGCUUCCCGCCCGUCGCCAUCACCGUCUUCUUCGCCGCCAUCACCUUCGGCGCCCUCUUCUUCGUCAACAUCUCGGUCCAGGCCACGCUCUCGGCGGCCCCGUACGGCUUCCAAGAGCUCAUCGUCGGCCUCUUCUACUUCCCCGCCGGCCUGGGCUACUUCAUGGCCUCGCUGCUCGGCGGCCGCUGGCUCGACGUCAUCAUGGCGAGGGAGGCCAGGAAGGCCGGCCGCUACGGCGCCGACGGCAAGCUGAUCCUGCUCCCGGAGGACAGGAUGCGCGAGAACAUCUGGAUCGCUGCGACGGUGUACCCUGCGUCCCUGAUCUACUACGGUUGGGUGGUAGAGAAGGGUCUCUUCUGGUUCGUGCCGUGUAUCGGUCUCUUCACUUUUGGAGCCAGCUCCAUGCUGGUCUUUGGCGCCGCCACCACCAUGCUAACGGAGUUCAUGCCCAAGCGCAGCUCGGGCGGCGUCGCGGUCAACAACUUUGUCAGGAACAUCUUCAGCUGCGUCGGCGCCGUCGCCGCGCAGCCCUUGAUCGGCGCCAUCGGGAACGGCUGGCUGUUCACGAUCCUGGGCAUCUUCACGUGGGUUUCGGGCUACAUCUGCGUCUGGACAUUGAGGAGGUUCGCGCCCAGGUGGAGGAAAAGCAUGGAUAAGGCGAUGCAAAACUAA